AUGUCAGUAUCAAAUACAGCUCUGUCACUGACGACCCAGCAGCUGGCCAACGAUCCGACCGCUGCCUCCACCAACGAACAGCACGAUGCAUCGAUGCAGCUUUUACCGGACGCCGGACGUCGACGGCGACGGCUGGGCAGGAAACGAAAGCGUCGCCCACUGCAGGACGAUUACUGGCCACCGGAGGGACAAGACAACGACACCGAAGCGAACCCCGGUGGUGGUGGUGGUGGACGAUUGUCCGACCGGAAGCGACUACCGUACGCUGGGGCUGCCGCGUCACGCUGGGAAGGCAUCAACAAACCGCUCCCGUUGCCAACGGCUCACGGGAGACUGGGCCGACCGGACCAACCGUACCGCGGGGGCGGCCACCAACAUAGGGCGAACGAUUGGAUGAACAACCCGUACACGGAUGCGAUCAAUGUCGAGCAGCAGCCUUUGGCGGGCAGUGCGCCAAGACGACCGCCGUACGUAGCGCCGGCUCUGGGUGGGAAUUUUUCACCUAUUGAUCCGAAUAGGCUACGACGAAUUCCCAGCAACGCAGUCCGAGCGUCACCGGAGUCGCCGUCGGCAACGGUUCCCACAGCCGCUAGCAGCCACAAGGCGUACCGGAAACCGUACUCGCAGGCACGCCGCAGCGAGGAGCAGUUUUCCUCGCCCGAUGGUUCAGGUGAGGCUUCGCCCGGAAAGCCAACGUCGGCCACCGACCUGAAGGCGCUGCUGAAGCAAUCGGAUGGGCUUAGUUUGAGCGAGAUACUGCAGCAGCGCAACAUUUCGCUGCAGGAUCUCAUCAAGGGCAAACAGAUGGCACUGGCCGCCCUCACGCAGAGUCCGCUCGAUGUUAGCACCUCGAUGGGGGAGGAUGCGGACACGACGACCGUUUCACCGACGCUCUCGAGUGUGCGGUUUCGAGUGUUCGACGACACAACGGUGAUAAUGACCACGACAACGACGACGACGACGACGACGACAACACCGGCUUCAACCGUGGCUAACGAGCAAUCGUCUUCCGGACCGGAGUCGACCGUUCACCCGGUCAGGCCGGAGACAACCGUCCUGCUUGCGGAGGAUGAAACCAACAACUCCGUCGACGAGCUGGACGGGGGGCACGCGGUGUCCAUCUUUCCCACGGUGGAGAUUAAACAGCUCGCCCUCAAUCCCGUACUGCCCAUCCUGAAGGAGGAACGAUUGCGUCCGAUCAAGGGUGUCGCAUCGCGGAUACGGCCGGAUCUGAGUAACGCACACAUUCGCACGCUGGAACCGGCCCGGUUUCCUACAGCCGGUGGCAAUGGGAAACGACUACCUGCACUGUCGGCCUCGUCGUCGCCCUCGUCGGGUGAUGAUGAUAACGCGAUAACCACUGCAACCGGUUCAACGACGAUGGCGCCCCCGGCUCCGACCGUCCCAUCGCUGCUGCUCAUCACCUCGACCGCAAGGGAAAAGUGGACACCAUCGGCAUCGCUCCAGGGUCAGCGUCACCGGGAGCAGAAGUGGUCGGGAACGGCAAGUGGCAAGCAAACGAGUGCCCAACCUAAUCCCAACCACUCGAGCACACUCUCGCCGCCCGUCACUUCAUCGGAACAACCGGCGGCGAAGGAGUCCGUGGGACGAUUGAACUCAGCCGAGGCGACCUCCAUGCUGCCGGAAGCGGAAGCAAUGGUCGAGCUGUCCCCCGAGCGGCACCAUCAUCAUUUGCUGCGUGUGCCGAAGCUUAAAACCCGUAUCGCCAUCAAACCGAAGCUAACGAAUGUGGUUCCACCGACGGCACCGAGUACUUCCACGACGACUACGUCGCCACCGCCGGCCAGGGGUGAUCGGCUGAAUCUGUCCGAUGUGGAGCUGGGUGAGGAUGGUCCGCGCGUGAACAAGACCGACGCCACUCAACCGAGGCGCCAACAGCGACUGAAUGACAACGACGACGAUGAACCGGAGUUGAACAUUAUCGAAAAGUUUACCUCGUUCGCGGACCCAUCCGGUUCGUUGGAGGGAAAAUCCGUAGUAUCCGGUGAGGCGCAGGAUGAUCAGGCUAUGGCCGAUCUGAUUGGACGCAUCAGUGAACACACGCAGCGCUCGUUCACGGACAGUUUGGAGGAGUUUUACCGUGACGUAACCGAAAGCAAUCCUUCGCUUUUUAACGAUCUCUCCCCGAUCGCUAGCUCGGAUGAUCGUCGCGAGCUGCUGGAGCUGAUGGAAGAUCGCCGGAUUGGAUCGCGGCUCGCGAAGGUCCUGUCCCAACGCAAUAUGACCCUCGAGCAGCUGCUCGAACACCGGCGGCGUGGCUCGAGCCAGCUCCACCUGGCGGAGAUCGUCAACGGGAAGGUGAAACCGAUCGAUGACAAGAUCGACAUUGUGACGGCGUUCGAGCACUUCCCGCGCUUCAAUAUCGGCAACCUGCGCAGCAUCCGACCGGACGACAUCAAGCUGGACUCGCAGGGCUUCAGCUACUUCACGUCCAUCAUCAACCUCCGCCCGUCGGACGACGUGUACAAGGAAGCGCGAGCGCUGCAGGCUCGGCAUCGGGGCGCUACGCCCUCCAAUGGUAACCAUCGCAAUGAGGCGCAUUUUUUAGCGCCGGGCGGAUCGAAGGAUAGGCUGCUCGUGCCUUCGAGAAUGUCCGCCACCUCCGCCACCGCGGGAUCGUACGGCAGCAGCAACUACGAGGAGGAGAGCGCACGGGAAAACAUCGUCGAGCACGAUCUGCUGGAUCUGGAGCUGUCCGGGCACGGCUUCCAGCAUCACCGGAGCGCCUCGGUGACCAUCGAAAGUACGUCGAUACCGGUCGGUGUGCGGUCCGCUAUCGUGGCCAGCUCGGCGAUCGUCGGUGUGUCGUUGGCGAUCUUUGUUGCCAUAUUCGUCACCUGCCGGUUGCGCCAGCGCCGUCGCCAGAAGCUGAACUACACGGAAAACUUCAACAUGGCCAAGGGGCGCCUGCCGAUCAUUCACAGUGCCGAGAUGGAGGCGCGCAAGAGCUCUUCCUCGACGUCGGCCUCCGGGAGGUCGAGUAAUGGCGGCGAGCAGGUUGUCUACACGACGCACCGAGCACUCGCGGGCAGCGGAACUUCGCAAACCAUCGAUACGGGCACACGAGGAAGGCAGCAGAGUGCGGUGAUGGAUCCCAACUCGGUCGACGUGCAGGACUAUCUCUGGGACCGGAAACCGUUCCAGUAG